AUGAAGCUCUUCAUCCUGCUUGCUACUGCUACGACUGCAGCUGCACGAUGCCUACCCCAAUAUGCCAUGUGCCCUGACUUCUUAGGCGCACCGACAUGCUCGGACAACAACACCGGUCCCCUCGGCACAUCGCCCACCGACUUCACCAUCAUCGGCCCAGCCCUCCAAGCCGUCCACGAGAGCGUGCAACCGCCAACCGGCCUCGCCCUGGACAACGACUACAACAUCUACCUCACCUACCCGCGCAACAGCGGGCAAACACCGUCCAACGUCGUCAUCGCCGACAACUUCACCUCGGAAUCGCCCUGGCCCUCCGCGUCAAUCCAGAACUGCACCGCCGGGCAGGACGUAUCGACAUGUUUCCUCAACGUCCAAAACGUCGUCCUAGACUCCAUAGGCCAGAUGUGGAUCGUGGACUCGGGCAUCCCGUCCUCGCAGAUGGGCUCCGGUGACGCCUUGCCCGGGGGCGCCAAGAUCAUGUCCUUCAACACCACCACGCGGCAGCUGAUCGCGACGUACCCCAUCCCCGCGGACCUCCUGGCGAACGGCACCAACGCGAACGACGUCCGCAUAAACAACACCCUCGGCACCGCCGGCUUCGCAUUCAUCACCGACGAGUCCCCGUACGGCUCCGUGCUGGCGGGCGACCUCGCAACGAACACGUGGGUCAAACGGCUCGGAAACACGACAGCCGUAAAAGCCGAUCCUAAGUAUGUAGGGUCAUUCGACGGCGCGCCGCUGUAUGCGUGGAACGGCACGAAGAAGGGCUACCUCACCACCGGCGCCGACGGCAUAGCCCUGGCGAGCGGGAACAUGUACUGGGGCGCCCUGGCGAGCAGGCGGUUCUACUACAUCCCGCAGUCUGUGCUGGCCGAUUUCUCGCUCUCGGACGCCGAGGUCGAAGACGGCGUCGUUGAUCCGGGGCAGUUGGGAUCCGAACAGGCUGGUUUCACGGCCGACGACAACGGGAGGCUGUACAUGCUGGCCUCGGAGCAGAAUGCGAUUUACUACGUCGACACGCAGCAGUCGCAGGUUACGGAAGAAGUCAACGGCAUUCCGCCGGGCGGGAGUGGGCCGGCGCCCCCGGAGAAUUAUGUGGUCAAGAGUCUUGUGAGGAGUGGGUUGAUUCAGCAUGCUGAUAGCGCGGCCAUCAUGCCGGAUGGGUAUCUGUACUUCUGUACGAAUCAGCUGGAGUUGAGGCCGGCGAAUCAGUAUCGGAAUGUUGAUAGGAGGAGGGGGCCAUUUAGGAGUUAUAGGGUUUAUAUCGGGGCCGGUCCGGCGGUGUAG